CGGAACAACAAAAACAGCGUCGAUCAGCGUGCCAGCUCUUAUCACCCUGGAAUUUGGUGCUUUGCAGGUUGUAAAUGUUUCGUCAAAAAGAACUAACCUGGGAAAUGUGGGGAUUCUCAAUAGGAAUCGCUCCAUUACAUGUGGCACACGACAAUGACGAUGAGCCUUCGGAGUGGAAACAUCCAAGGCAUACUGGAUCUCAGUUCUCAAUUCUGUCCAUGUUCAAGAGCCUCAUGGAAAAAUCUCUGCCCAAACGCAGGUGAGUCUACUCGAGCCGUCAAGAGAGUUGAACGGAGGCCCGGUGGUCGCACCCUUCUAAGCGUUCUCGAUUCGCGCCGCCACCGCGCGGCGGUCACAUAAACUUCCGUCAUUUCAUCGCUAUAAACAGUACGCACGUGUUGCGAUACGCAUUAAUGCGGCAAAAUAAGCCGCUGCCAGGCCAGAUGUGUCGGGAAAAGAGCGAAACCCGCGAGAUGAAAGCGCAUUGGAUACAAAGAGAUCGACACACUUGCCAUUGUUCCGAAAAUAAACA